AUGAAGAAACUAUCAAAAAUUAGAAAUUCCAUAGAGCUUGAUGUGUCUCUUUCACCUCUUCAUGAACAAUUUGAAUUCCCACUCAGUUGCCUUAUAUGUAAAGAAGAUUAUGACCAAGAUUACUUUACUGAAAUCUCAAAAAUUUUCCGUCAGAAAAAAAUGAAGACUGAACGCAUAGGUAUCGGUGUUUGCUUCAAUUCCGAUAUGAAAAUAAAUGAAAUCGAAAUGGAAGAACAUUUGAUUCGUGAACUAGAAGAAGAAUUCAAUGAAUUAAUAUUUGUUUAUUCUGACUUUGAUUCUGCUUCAAUUGAGCUUACUGAAGCUAAACCAGAAGAGAUUCCUGAAGAGAUUCCUAAAAAAGUUGAGGCACCAGAAAAGAGAAAACGAAAAGUAAAGAAACAAGUAAAGAAGCAAAAAGAAGAGGGUGAGGAGAUGGAAGAGUUGACUGUUCAAACAUCUCAACUUGAUAUAAAUAAAAUUAGUCGGGACAAGAGUCCAAGAGGUGAGAAAACUUUUUUGUUGAAAUCUAGUAGGAUAUACAUAGUAGUGUUGGUUGUAAUUGUAGCGAGAUCCCCUAUCUUUUUAAUUCGAGGGCAUCGCUUAAGCUUCCUUAACCCAAUUGCCACCAAAAUUUUAAAUAUAUAA